AUAUAAGCCCAAUUCUAUUAUCAAAUUUUCAUUCCGUAUUUACCAAUAUUAAAAACGAGAAUAAAAAAAAUGAGGAGAUUCGCAGUUUCUGUGAUUGCCUUGGUGCUAGCCGUAGGCCUCUCAUCCGCCAGGCCGGAUAUAGAGUUAAGCAACUACCCUAUCUUCGUUGGUGAUAUACUGGAAGAGGAGGUAUCCAGGCCACGUCCCGUACCAACUUUUCCAGAAUUCACCCCUGAGAUUGAUCCAGAGUUCGAACUUGAACCAGUUCCAGAGAACGAGGAAAUAGCUCCCCCGAAACUCGGCAGCCUGAACCCAUGCGAUGCCUGUUUCGAGUACAUGACCGCCCUUAUUGACCAACUUACAAAUGUCGCUGUUCCAGAGGUCCCAGUACAUCCAGAAUUGCCAGAAGUUGAACUGGAACCAGAAGUACCAGAAAUAGGAAGGCCACUUCCCGAAACCGUGCCAGAAGAUAUGAGGCCACUCCCUAUUCCAGUAGCUCCAGAAGUCGAGAUUAAUCCUAUCCCCAUCCCAGUAGCUCCAGAAGUCGGAAUCAGACCUUUGCCAAUUCCAGUAGCUCCAGAAGUUGGAGUCGUACCAAUUCCCCUCCCGUUGAUCAUCCAACAGUAAUUUUAUGUUGUAAAUAAGGUUGUAAGGAAAAAAUGCAAGUAAUUUAGAUUUUAAUAAAAGUUGAGUUUGCAAAUAAUA